GAGGGAAUCAGCUCAACAGAAAAAGGGCUGUUGUACAUUGUACAUUGUAAUUUACAAUUUGUAAAGUAAAAUUCCUACAUAAAUUGGAGAAUUAAUUAAAAUAUAAUCUCUCACUCUCAUUUAAUUAAUCUACAGAUAGUAGAUUAAAUGAAUGACAAAAUCGGUUUCGUUUUACUAUUUUUGUUCUUGUUUUUAAUUAUUUACACAAUUUUCCUUCAACUGAGUCUGCAGUACAUAACAAACAAGGCGAGCAGUCAUUAAAGAGAAUAAGGUGCUUAAAUUUUAAGCCUUAAAAGCAGAUUAACAAAACAACAAUGAAGACUCGACGAGGUCAUGCAAAAUUUCAGCAAUCAACAUCAUUGGAGAAAGAGCGGACCAUUGACGUUGAAUCCGUGGUGAUAAGCAAUGACGACGAGGACGACGGCAAGGGUCAAUGUUUUGUCUGUGGGAAACCAGAGUUGGCGUCGGAAUAUCAAGCUCGACGACUUUAUAAGCAGCAGACUACCCAAUUCAAACAUCUCGUCUUGAGCUCAGAGUUGAGGAAAAAAAUUUCACCACCAAUGUACAACAAAUUUUCGACCAACAUUCGAAGUUGUAGUAGCUGUUUAGCGAUGAUAAAAGAGGUCUGGACUCUUCAUCAAGAAAUUAUUUCUAUUCAGGGCGAAUUGGAUAAAUUGGUGGAAAAUGCAAGGGAGAACAUCGCCGCGGAAUAUGUACUAUCGCAAAGAAAGCAACAAACACUCAUCUCACCAAUAAAACCCGGAAUCUCUAAGUCGCCAAAGAGUGCUUCACCGAGAACAUGUCAGAAUAUAAAGAUUGAGACAAAGGACGAAGUUGUCAGUGAUAACACCGAUACGGAAUAUUCAAUGGAGUUUUAUCCUGAGGUUGAUCAGCAUCAGGAUGACGACGUGUACAUAGCACCAGUAAAGAGAAUCACUCGGUCCUUACGACAAAGCAAGAGAACCCCUUCCAAGAAUCUAGCAAGCAGAUCUUCGCCUAGACAGAGAAGAAAUGGACAUAGUAAUAAGUAUAAGGAAGUGGACAAUUCGGAUGAUGAGGAUGAAUCGCUGAAAAGCAAAUCCCAAAAGAAAUUUCAGGAACACAGCCACCAAAAGGUCGAUGGGAAGUUCAAUUGUUCCAACUGUGGAAAGGCUUUCGGAUUAUUGAACCGUUUGGUAUACCACGAAGUUCUAGUUUGUAAUAUUCAGUAUGAAGAAAGCAAGCUGGAAGAACUGCAAAUAAAAUUUCAUCCUUGCGAUCUGUGCGACCGUAAAUUUGCUUACAACAGUGACUUGAUUAGGCACGGUUUGCUUCACACGGGUGACCAGCCAUCAAAAUGCCCUGGAUGUGGUUCAUCGUAUAGAACAAAAUACGAGGAAGAAAAAUAUUGUAAAAAAUGCAAAGGCAAGUUGUUAACCACACGUCCCUCAGAUGGAAAUGAAAAUGAGCCAGAUAUCAAGAACAUUAAGGACAAAUCGCCCAACGCCAAAGAAACAGUAGAUUUAGCCGACUCUGAUGAUGAUGUUGGAAAUAAAACCAAGAAAAUUGACCUUAAAUGCUCAAAAUGUGGGAAAGUACUGGGCAAGCACGGAAGUUUGAUAUUCCACGAAAUUACCGUGUGUGGCAUUGAAUAUAGUGACGAGAAGCUAAGACGACUGAACGUUCAUUUACACGCAUGUGAAACCUGUGAUCGUAAAUUUCUCUAUGCGAAAGACUUGAAAAGGCACAUGCAAACUCACAUCGGAGUACUCAAAUUAUGGAAGUGUGAAAAAUGUGGUAAAUCUUUUAGCCAGUCCUGUACCUUGUCCCAACAUCAACGGAUUUAUUGUGAAGCUGUAAAUAUCGAUCCAGAAUUGAGAAAAAAAGUACAUGAGAAAAGGCUUUUUAAUCUUAGUCAACUCAUCUACAAAUGUCCAAAGUGUAGCAAAAGAUAUGCGUCGGUGGCCAAAUUGACAACGCAUUUAAAAGCACAUGAAUUGUCACCAACCAGUAAUCAAUCUCAAAAAAUUUUAUGUGACAUUUGUGGAAUAUCGUUAAAUCAAAGUGCUCUUGGAAGGCAUGUCCUGCGGGUGCAUGAAAAGAAACUGAACGUUUUUUGUUCACAGUGUGGAAAAGGGUUUUUUGAAAAUAAGGACCUUAAAAUGCAUAUAAGAAACGUCCAUAUGGAUAAAAAGAAUCAGGAAAAACAUCCUCAAAAAAUCAAGUGCAAUCAAUGUGGAAAAUCCUACCAUCAUGACGGAUUGAUGCACCAUAGGAAGAACGUACAUCUCAAGAUUAGAAGGUUUCAGUGCCAAAUUUGUCAAUAUAAGUUUUACGCAAGAUCUGACUUAAAAAAGAUCCCCUUAAAAAAGCAUGAAAAAACGCACAAGACAGCUACCCACAACAAAUGUUCUAUCUGUGGCCAGGAGUUUUCUAACCUCAAAAGAUUUGAGACCCACAUGCAGGAAGGAACCUGCAAGAGCAGGAGGAGGAGACAAUUUAGUAAAAAGAGACAUUUGCUUCCCGUCCAUUGUCCACAUUGCAAUGAAGUUCUUCACGGACAGUGGAGACUUAAACUUCACAUUAAACAUGUCCACCCUGAUCACUACUCAUUAUUAGAGAAGAAUGAUUCGGAAUCAGAGGAUGAGAACUGUAAAACACUAGAAUCAAACGAAGAAAGAGAACCAAUAGAUCACGCCGAGUUGGAAUUUGAAGUGAUUGUACCAUGAUAAUAAUAGUAAUAGUAGUAUGUACUAUGUACCUACUUAUGUAAACAUACUAUUAGAGUAGGUUCUUUUAAAUCCAAGUAAUACGUACAUGUCUUAAUUGAAUGACUUCUUGAUGAACUAAAAGUAUUAUAUAUUCUCUAAUUUUAUUUGUUAAACGUUCCAUGAUGAGAGAAGGUAAUAAUGCUGAGAUAUUGAAUUACCGUUUUAUAAUAAAAUAUACAUUGCAAUUAUAAAAUGUCUAGAAAAUAAAUCUGACUUUCGUGUAA